CCGCUCUUGGCCUCCGGCUCCUUGAUGCAGGGAGCGGUUCCGGGAAGCGGGAGCGGAGCGGCCGCGGGGAUGCUGUACAGAUGACACUGGCUGGUUCAUCAUUUCUGACAGAGUCAUGUCUCUGGUGUGCGGGGUGCUUCUGACGGUGUUUCUGUGCCAGCUGGUGCUGGGUACAUUGGGCGGAUCCUCUGCCAGCGAGCCAGUCUCGGACGACUGGAUCCUACUGUAUGUGCACCACGACCAGAUUACACCCGGAAACUACACCUACUUGUACCUCGAGGACGCUGGGCGACUCGUGUUGCGGAUAGACAGUUACCGGGGUGAUGCUGACCUCUAUGUCUCCGACUCCACCCGAUACCCCAGUUUCGAUGACUACGAGCUGCAGUCGACCACAUGUGGCCCGGACUGGGUGGUAGUGCCCCCCAGGUUCCACCGUCCGGUGGCUGUUGGUGUCUACGGGCACCCUUCACACCUGGAGACGGAGUACGAGAUAAGGAUCUACCUCGACCAAGGAGUGAUCGAGGACCCCUUUGCUGAACUCUCCUAUCCCACUGAUGAGGGCACUGGCGACGGGACCCCGGGAAAGACAGUACCAGAGGAGAAGUCAGUAAUGUGGACCAUAAUGAUUGGGAUUCUUAAGCUGGUGCUGGAGAUCCUGUUUUGACUGUGUCCCCUCACAGUUUGUGUGUGAUGUGGACGGGAAGACAGCCAUUUUCAGCUACAGUGCAAUCAGAGCUUUUCUAACAUCCGUCCCUCCUUCCUCGCACAACUCGGUUGAGUUUAUUGUUUCUUUGAUUUCAAAUCAGUCAAGUUUAAUUUUGAAGGAAUGGUUUGUUUUUCAUUUGUUCUCUCCUUGGAGGGAUGAUCCAGACUUUGUGUUAAUGUACUGUGUCGUGUUAUUGCCAGAUGGGACACCAGUUCUUGUACUUUUGUAGGAUACCCAAUCUCCUGUCUCCAUUGUAUCCAUUUCCCAUAAAAUGUCUUUUCUUUCAGUACCACGUCUGUUCCCAGGAUAGCCUAUCUCCAAUGUCCCCUCUUUUAUUAGGCACAUGUUAUUAUCAUAAAGUGUGCAGUACUUUAAUUUGUUUUGUGAGGCCUUUGCAGGAGCUGGGCUGGGUGUUUUUCCAGAGGAGACAUUAUCCCUCACCUUUUUGUCCUGUGUUCCAUUCCCCGGGGCAUUCUCUCAUUCUAUCUGUGCUGCAUUUGUGUUCUGGGAUUCUCUCCUUGCCUGUCAUUAGCCUGCUUUGUGGGAAUACAUAUCUAAACUUGUCUGGUUUUUUGGCAUAAGUUCCCUCUGUUUGCACCAUAUCCAUGCAGAUUUUGGUGCAAAGGUACUGUACAUUUUCUACAUGAACAGAGCAGUGCAACAAUUCAUUUAGAGUGGGCUUUGAUUUCUACUCCGAUAUAUUGCAAAGCGAUUCCUUUACACAGGCCAUGUUGCGGUAAAGACACUCAGCAAAUUGGAAAUGGAUAUUUUUAUAGAAUUCGUUGGAAUUAUGACUUGUCAGGUGUUCGUUGCCGAUUGGUAGGCAAUUAUUUUUCAUUUUUAGAGAGUGAAACCUGGGAGAAAUUGAAUGGUGGUGGGCAUUCUUUUUGAGAAUGACUGUCAAUAAACACGAUGAUUGCAUUGACCCUGGAGGAGGGUAUCAUGUUUCUUAAUCAUUUGACAAAGUCCCCGGGGAAAUGGAAAUCAUUGAAGACCCGAGUUUGAGUGCUGUCUAGUAACCUGUGGAUGCCGGAUAAAGAAGGGUCAUUUCUGAACUACCUUUUAUUCAUAACCAAUGAAAUAUUUAUGAAGUGCAGAUUGCUCACAGCAAGGUCACCCAGGGAAAUGGUCGCCUGUGCUGCCUAUAGCUCAGCUGUCUUGGUAUGACUCUGUUUUGUCCCAUGUUCACUAAUCCAGUGCAGUUCAUCUAUGACACCCAUCUUCCAACUUCACCUAGACCAAUCUCUCUGCUGCCUUAUUUAAUGAAUAAUCAGUUUUUUUUCAUGGUGUUGGUUGAGGGAGGAAGGUUAGCUGAGACAUCACGAUAAUCUCCCUGCUCUUCAAGUAAUCUCAGGGAAUUUCAAAGGACCUCAAUUUAGCAUCUUAUUUGAAAAGUGGUACCUUUGCCAGUGCAGUCCUGCCCUGGGAUUGUGGACUGGAGUUACUGGAGUGGGGCUUGAAACUGUGACCUGACUGUGGGACGAAGGUGCUAUCCACUGACCCAAAGAAGACAAGGUGGAGAUAAGGCCGUCUCUCUCUAUCUGAGCUUAGAGUUGUACAUUGACAAUUUUGGGAUGGGCAUUUGAAGUAACCAGUGUCCAUUUAGUACUUUCAAAUUCAGCUUCUUUGACCUAGUGGGAUAUCCAAAACAUUUCAGAAAACUGCUAGUGAACAAAACAAAUAGACUGCAGCAGUUCAAGAAGGCAGCCCCUCAACACCUUGUCAAGGGCAACUAGGAGUGGGCAGUAAAUGCCCACCCAGCCACUGAUGGCUGUGCCUCACGGGUGAAUAAAAAACCCCAUAAAACUGCCAAAUACAAGAUGACCAAAAAGAGUAUAAUGACGAGGUCGAGAGAGAAAGACAUAGAGGAAAAGAAUUGGAGAGAGUAAAGAUCCCAGAGAACUCAACACAAUUAAUUCCUUGUGCCUGAACACUAGGCUACUUCACCAGGUGUGACUCAAUUGCAAUUGAAUUUAGAUUUCCAAAAAACAGAUUCUCCUGCCAAACUGUUUGCUAAGCUGUGUUUUUAAGACUUGAGGAAUUUGAAGACUACUCUCCGUGGUGUUGAAGUUGUGGAAUUUCAAGAACGCUGUUACCCAAUUGGCUUACGGCGAGUUGUUUCGAAGGUUUGGUAUUUGAAGAUGAAUAAAGGUCUAGUGUUCUUUGGCAUGUAGUAUUCCACUCUGCAGCCCAGACAGUAUGCCUGUGUUUCUCAUUAACAGCGUUAACCUUGAAGAAUUAAAGAUGAUGAGUCAACUUGUCACUGACCCCUCUCACCACAAGGCUCCCAAGUGUCUUCCCUUCAAAAGAACAACCUGUCCUUAUUUUUAUUCCUGUAAAGUGAAUGUAUCACGUACUGGAAAUAAUCAAGAUUAAACAUGUUUUGUUAUUGA